GCUAUGAUUUAGCGCCACGAUUUUGGUUUCGCUGAAUAUCGUAGCGUUGUCAUCUCCCUACUGAUCUCUAUGGGGAGUUGCCGGUGCCGCCAUCUUAUCUACUAAUGGUGAACGGUACAGAUUCGGGGGGCUUGUUGCUCUUCCCUUUUACAAAAUAAUCAUUUUUCAAACACCCCUUUUGUUCCUGUAUCAUUUUGAAGAAUUACAAUUUAUUGCAGAAUUGUUGUACGAGACGCUAAAACGUAUGGCGCUUAUUUUUGGAACGAACAGUAGUUGCGCGGAGCUGUGUUAACAGAUGAUGUCCGAUUGUUUUCCUUUCAAUUCUUACAUUACUUUGGUAUGUUUAUGAAACAGUAAUGACAUCUCUUGGUUCCGUUUGGCUGUCAACAGGAACUGUCAAUAUGCCAAAGGCACGAUUAAUUGCUCGUUCAGUGACAAAUGUCCGUCCACUGAGUAUGACAUUAAAUCUGGAAUGUAUGGAAGAACCUUUAAGUGAAGUGCAAAACAUGACAAGAGUGAAAAUGAAGUCGGAUCAUGACAGGGUCGCUGCUGCUCUCGAGGAGUUGGUGAAAGAUCAUGGUGGUAAACUUAUAUGUCAAUCAGGCACAGUCAAUGGCUAUCAGUAUACAUUUAAAUUGAAUAGGUCUGGCAACAGCACUCCAACAACUGGUAAAUCUAAUCAACAGUCUUUGUUAAGUGUAGGUCAUGGAAAAACACAACCAAUACAAUUAAACAUGUUGAACAUUGCAAAUUCAAAUCAAGGAAACAUCCAAUUGGUUAUGAGUCCCCGAAUGGGAGGUAUAUUGGGAUCUGCCGCACAGCAACAAGCACAAACCUCAACAUCCACUCCUGUUACGUCUGCUGUAACGCAUUCUCAACCUGAAAACUAUAAAUAUACCAGAUCUGGUCGUCGAACAAAGGUCCUCCAAGUACAACAACCGGAUAUUAUAGACGAUCCUACACCAACUACAAGAGCUCGACCGAAAUCAUCCCCUGCAACACAUGUCGUGACACCCACCACUACCAGUCCUCAAGGCGUGAUGAAUCUUAGAAUAAAGACAGUAAACAAGCAACAACAACAGCAGCAACAGACAAAUCAACAACCAGUUACAAGACCCACCGAACAUACCAGUAUCGGUGGCAUAGCUGUUGGAAAUAAAAAUGCAGCCAGCGAACAGAUUGAAGAGUCCAAAAAGAAUCAACCAGACGGCAGAGAAGUAACGUUCAAUAAAAUGAAUGGUGGUCGCACGUUUCCAUCGUUAGUUGUCGUAGCACGACCAAAUCUUCGUUCCAAGGAUAUUGCACCUCAAAUCGCACAAAAAGAAAGAACUGAAUUAGACAUGAAAGUAAAGAGCGUGCUAAUGUUUUCUGCCACAAAGUUCGCUGAAUGGUUAAUACAACAAGGUUUGGUUCGUUCUGAACAAUACUGUAGCCAGCACAGUACGAAUUAUCAAAAAACUAAAUUAAAGCUGGGCAUGUAUAGUGACUCGGGUACAUUUCCAUAUUCCGGUGGAUACGUUUGGAUAUCGAGUUGCUGUCCAGAUCGAUUUGUCUCCGUGUUUUCUGGAUCAAUUUUUCAAGGAGCACCACAUAUUCCUACAGUGCUCUUAAAACUAAUUUAUCACUGGGCAUGUCAAACUAAUGUGCAAAAUGUUGUCUCGUGGGUGAAAGUAUCUAAUAUAUAUGUGAAAAAUUUUUAUACCAAUCUGCGCAGCAUCUGCACUGCUGCUGUAUGGGAUAAGAGUCGAAUGAUGGGUGGAAAGAAUUCCAUGAUACAGGUCGGUGUAAUAAGUUUGGGUACUACGUCACAAGAUGGGAACUUACGACAGGUAAAAGUCGAAGUUCUGGGUAUUCUUGAUCCAGAGAGACUUGAAUUAAGACUUCGUGCUUGCGAUCCUGUGCAUGACGGAGAUAGAUCAUUCAAGAGACGUUUUAAUAAUAUAUUACAUCCUCUCAAGGAUUGGGUACAUAAGGAGUCCAAGAUUCUGACAGACUUCACAGUGGACAAAGGCACUCUGCAAGAGAUGGGCUUUAAUCAUGUAACACAAUCAGCAUUUUCCGACCAGAAUCCCAGAAAUAUGAUGAGCAAUUAUCACAUAAUGGAGUAUCUAAGAAAAAUCGUACCGAGAAUGUUUCAAAAUACUUUGAGUUUACUGAGUAGACAAAUGAUUCAACAAUUCUUAGACGAGUUAGUUUGGAGAGAAAUGUUUGGACCAACAGCUGCACGUGCAUUCGAUAAUAUCAUUCGUCACAUUGCUGAGCAGACCAGAAUGGAUAUUGGUGAUUGCUUGUUGGACCGGCUGUCAAAAAUAGCUGCAAAUCCAUUUCAUGAUUGGUCAUAUUCAACGAUAAACCCUCUACCACUGACACCUAUGGUAUCGAUACCAAAAGAUUCGACUUCAACCAACAAAGAUACCCUGCCUCAAGGUAUCCGAAGCCUGGAGGUUUCGCACAGUAAGCCAGGACCAAAAAGAGGGAGAAAGAGAAUCAUCACAACAGCAUCGGCAAGUCCUGAACCAGAAGCCAAGCGUGUAGCUACUGAUUCAAAAGGAAUUAAGGAUAGAGAAAGGGAGAAUAAAAAUGAUAUUAUGCAACCGCAAGAAUUUCAUUAUGCCACAAUGGAGGGCGAUAAGAAUCUUCUAUUAGAUGAGAAAAAGACUACCGUAUCCUUCAAGUGUUUUCUCUGCUCGACAACAUUAAAAUCAAACACAGACGUAAUACAGCAUAUAGUUUCCCAUGUGCCACCACAAGUUCCUCACCGUACAGAAUCAUCCGUGUGUCGUUAUUGUUGUGCAGCCUUUUCAACAAAGCAUCAAGUGGACACACAUGUUUCAGAAACACAUAGCAAUUUCGGUCAGACGAACGGUGACAUGGUGGUUUGCGCCAUUUGUGAACAAAAAUUCGGCAAUAGUACUCUCCUGGUUAAUCAUCUUUCGAAUACGCAUCACUCUUUGGAAAUGCCAUAUCGUUGUGAAAGCUGUGGUUAUCGUACAUCCAGUCACAAAGACGUAAUAGAUCAUUAUUAUCAAGUGCAUGAUAAGGGCGAAGGUCUGCAGUGUCCUUAUUGUCUUAAGGUGAUGCAGUUCAUCGUAGAAGGUGGCGAAUGUCUAACCAGUGUACACGCCUUUUUGUUGCACAUGCAAAGACAUUUAGUAAGGAGAGAGGAGGGAAGGGGUAAUAAAUGUCCUAAAUGCUGUUUAUGGUUCAAUCAAAAGAGUUCAUUAAAAUCUCAUCAGAGAGAAAUGCAUCAGCCAGUUACAGGACCUAAAGUUAUACCAUACAGUUCGAAGAAUAAUAUAAUAAUAUCAAAACAAAAGAAUCACAAUAAACAUAAUGAGAUAGAAAGUCCAGUCGCUGAUCUUCCUGUAGAUGAGCAUGUGAAAAAGUGGAACACAGGACCGAUCAGAAUAAAUGCACCAAGUGAUCUUCCUUGUCAGGAAUGCGAAGAGGAUAUUGAUCAGCAAGAACAUUUUCCCGGAGAACAAAAAUGUCAACAGUGCAGAUACGUAACAUGUUGCUGGCGAGCAUUUAAGGAACAUCAGCAACAAAUACACAACGAGAGGCCAAUGACAAGUUUGGUAACGUUACCCCCUCUUUUAAAUAUUCUUCUGGAAAAUAAAAUGCAGUGCCCCUGUGGUUUUGCAACUAAUGAUGGAAAUCAUUUAGCGACACAUUUGAUCAAGUGUAAAAGAGUCUCUGCAUACCCAUACCAGGAGUCCGAACCAUCAGGAAUGUUGAAUAGUCUUGGUCUCGUUGCCAAAGGCUCAUCGGAUAAAGUGGAGGUGGAAGAAACGCAAGAUAUGGAGACGAAACAAUCGAAUAUUCAGUUCAGUUGUGUCCCGAGCGUGUUUACGGAAGAAAAAGAUCCUAUUGAGUGCAAGAAAAAUCUUGUAGAGAAUAAUUCAAGCGAGAGUAAAGAUCCUGAUAAUAAAAUGCCAGCAGAUGAGAAUAAAACUUCGGAUAUUUCAAGUGAGGACAAUUCGACGGUGACUUUAAAUAAUGACGAAGGAUUUACAAGCACGUCCAAGGCAGAGUCGACGAGUUAAAAAUUGCAUCUGAUGCACAAGACUUCCUCAAUUAUUGAAUUUAAUGUUAAUUUAAGAAGACACAACGGGCUGUCUCGAAUUGAAAAUAUUAAUCGCUGCGAGAGUUUACGGUUUCGCUUCAAAUCAAAUUGUAUUGUUUUUAUACGUUGAUCAGAAAUAAUAUCUAAUUAUUCUAAGUUGAA